GUUAGGGUUUCAGCCCAAUAUGGAGCCCAAUAUGGUUUGGGCCUCUAUUGAGUCCAAGCCCGCAAACUCAGGCCCAUUAUUAUUAUUUACCAAAAAUAACAAAAAAUUAAAAUUAAAAUGAAAAAAUCUCCCUUCUUUCUCCCUCGCUUAUCAAUGUCCUCUGCUUCUGCUUUGUCCUCUUCCAUAGCUUCUUUGCUCAACUGAGCUGAAAUUCACCAUUUCCGCUCUCGACGGAGCUCCUUCAAUGGCGAUUCUUGCUCAACUCCCGAACCCCAACCUUUUCUCCUCCCUCCCAUCAACUCCGCCGAAGGCCCAAGACGGCCACCCCAACGGUCCCGCCAUUCCUCCCCCGCCCAUCCCCAUCCCCAAGUACCCACCCCCCCUCAGGUCCCAGAGACCCAAAGAGCCCCCGAAUGCAAAACCGCCUCAAAACCCAGCCUUGAAGGCCGCCCACCGCAAUACCAGGUACUACAAGCCGGUCCGAGACGGGGAGGAGAUCGUCUCACCGGAUGGUGACCGGUCGGUCUUAAUCGGGGAGUCGGGCAUGUCGUAUCUCCUGCCUGGGGCCCCCUUCGAGUUCCAGUUUAGCUACUCGGAGACCCCCAAGGUAAAGCCAAUCGCGUUAAGAGAGCCGGCUUUUCUGCCCUUUGCGCCACCCACCAUGCCUAGGCCAUGGACGGGGAAGGCGCCACUGAAGUCUAAGCACGAGAAGGAGAAGAAGAAAAAGAUUCCGCUUUUCGAUUCGUUUAAUCCACCGCCACCGGGGAAGAAAGGCGUGAAGUAUGUGGAAAUGCCUGGACCCUUUCCUUUCGGGAAGUACCCGAAGGAAGGAAUAUCGAGGGAGGAAGUCCUGGGGGAGCCUCUGAAGAAGUGGGAGAUCAAGAUGCUCGUUAAGCCUUACUUGUCCGAUAAUCGCCAGGUUAAUCUUGGUAGAGAUGGCCUGACACAUAACAUGUUGGAGCUCAUACAUUUGCACUGGAAGAGACGCAGAGUCUGUAAGGUUCGAUGUAGAGGUGUCCCAACAGUUGAUAUGAAUAAUAUCUGUCAUCAUCUCGAGGAGAAGACUGGAGGAAAAGUUAUAUAUAGAAUUGGUGGUGUAGUGUACCUAUUUCGAGGAAGAAACUACAACUACCAGACUCGUCCUCAGUAUCCUGUGAUGCUGUGGAAACCUGCUGCUCCAGUAUACCCAAAGCUUAUACAAGAAGCACCAGAAGGACUAACAAAAGAGGAAGCCGGUGAAUUACGGAACAAAGGGAAAAAACUCACACCGAUUUGUAAAUUAUCGAAAAAUGGAAUAUAUUUGACCCUUGUAAGGGAUGUGCGGAAUGCUUUUGAAGAGAGUCCGCUAGUGAAGGUUGACUGCAAGGGAAUGCACGCCAGUGAUUACAAGAAGUUGGGUGCUAAGCUUAAGGAAUUGGUUCCGUGUGUCCUGCUUUCUUUUGAUGACGAGCAAAUAUUGAUGUGGAGGGGGCGAGAUUGGAAAUCCAUGUAUCCCGAACCUCCAUCAGCUCAUAUACCUUUUCAAAGUGAAGAACCACUCGAAGAAUGCAGCAAUAAUGACGGCAAGACAGUAAUUUCGAGCCCCAAAAUGAUGUCUCUCUGGAAGCGUGCGCUUGAAUCAAGCAAGGCCCUGUUGCUGGACGAGAUCGAUCUCAGUCUCGAUGACCUUUUGAAGAGAGUGGAAGAGUUCGAGGGCGUUUCACAGGCCGCAGAGCAUACCUUUCCCGCCUAUGUAUUGUCAAGCGAAAGAACCAUUGGUAGUUCAGCUGAAGCUUCUGAAGAUGGUUCUGAAACCGAAUGCUUCAGUGAAUUUGGAACCUCUAGUGGUGAAGAGGAAUACGAUGAUGAUAAUUACGACUCUGAUUUAUUUGAAGAGGCCAAGUUCUCUCCUCCUUUAGGGGAGCUGCCGGUUGAUCGGUUAGUGAAUAAGCUCUUGGAGGAAUAGGAAAGACUAAAAAUUGCAUGACACUCUAUAGAUGAUGCUAUCUGUAUGUAGCUGAUGGUUAUAGAACAAUGUGUUUACAUUAAAACAAGUGUUGAUAUAAUACGAAUUAACUGCAA